AAAGUGGAGACUGGCAGUCGGGAAUACAGUCAGUUGACCGCGAGACUUCGCGCGGAAGGACGUAUGGAGACGACUUUUUGUCGCUCGUCGGGCUCCGCGGAAAACUUUUCGUCGUAUCGUCAGUGAUAAGUAUCUAGUGUGUGUGGCUAUUUUAUUUUAUUUUCCAGUGCGUUUUUGAGUGGUUGGUGAAGAUAUUUAUUUGAGUAGUGUCAGCCAAAUGAGUGGUCCGGCGUGACCGCUGCAUCAACAGGAUGCACCAAUGUUCGCUCUUCAUACUCACUCUCCUAUGCGUCUCCGUGAAAGAUAUAUCCGGUAGCUGGGAAGAAUGGUGGACUUACGACGGGAUUUCAGGUCCCGGCUUCUGGGGUCUGAUCAACCCGCAAUGGAGCAUGUGCAACAAGGGUCGUCGCCAGAGCCCCGUUAACAUCGAGCCAGAUAAACUCCUGUUCGACCCCUGGCUCAGGGACAUACAGUUUGACAAACAUAAGGUCAGCGGUGUUCUCCAAAACACAGGCCAAUCCCUGGUCUUCCGAGUGGAGAAGGACUCGAAGCAUCAGGUGAACAUUAGCGGGGGUCCACUGUCAUACCGCUACCAGUUCGAGGAGAUCUACUUCCACUAUGGCAUGGAAGAUAACAGGGGCUCUGAACAUCAGAUAGACCAUCAUACGUUUCCUGGAGAGAUUCAGCUGUACGGUUUCAAUAAGGAGUUAUACCACAAUAUGUCAGAGGCUCAGCACAAAUCUCAGGGUAUUGUUGGCAUCUCACUCAUGGUGCAGGUCGGCGAGCCAUUCAACGCGGAUUUUAGGCUGAUAACUAGUGCGUUCAACAAAGUUACUUACAGAGGUGCCUCAUUCCCCAUAAAGCAUUUACCUCUAAGUUCGUUACUGCCGAACACACAGCAGUACCUCACUUACGAAGGGUCCACUACUCAUCCUGGCUGCUGGGAGACGGCCGUGUGGAUCAUCUUCAACAAACCCAUUUAUAUUUCUAAGCAGGAGAUGUACGCUCUACGUCAGCUGAUGCAGGGAUCCCAGCUGACCCCUAAGGCCCCGCUGGGCAACAACGCGCGCCCAGUGCAGCCCCUACACCAUCGCACUGUUAGAACCAACAUUAACUUCAAUAAGCAAGGACUUCAGGGUUCAAACAACUGUCCAGACAUGUACCGGAAUAUGCAUUAUACAGCCGUAGAAUCGUCAGAUGAUCUCAUAUCUGUGUCUGCGUCUGACCCAACAUUGAAAAUGACUUCAAUUGAACCUCCUACAAAUGAAGAAACUCAUUCAACUACUACCAGCAACCCAGUGGCCCAAGGAACACAACUUGCGGUACAGAAGCGUUGAUGACCUCGCUCUCGCUCAUAAUUAAAAUAUGUAUAUGUCCUUUUGUUCAUUUAUUACCUAGAUAUGAAUAUUUACUAAAAUCGUAAACUUCAUUAUAUGAGUUGAACUAUAAACAUUCUGAUAAUUUGGUUAUUGUUUACCUAAAAACAUUUUUGGUUUCGUAAGUUUCUAUGUAAUUUCAAUUAUGUAGGUAUGAUUAUAAGAAAAAAAAAUACUUAAUCAAGAAUUGUAUAACUUCAAAUACCAUACCAAAAAACUAUUUUAUUCGCUUGUAAAUAUAAGAAAAUAUAUAAACUUUAGUAUGUAGUCUAUGAAAAAAAUACUUACAAAGUUCCACAGGUAAUGUAAUCGUACAGUAGACUAUUGUAAUCGUCGUGUAGACUAUAUUAGUAUUGUCAAUCAUUGCUUAUGUAAAUAAUUAAAAAAUACGUCGCCUAUAUUAAGCACAGCUGACUUUUCAUUUGAGGAUUUUAUAGUUGAAGUUUUUAAUAAACUUAGAUAAGUCUCGCUAUAAGAAACUCCGUGCAAUUACGCCUCAAAACGAGGCAGAGACUUUUGGCGAGGCAGCCGUGACGCCUUGUCUGCUUAAAUGAUAUAACAACUAACCUAACCUAACUGUACUAAUCGAACGGACUUUUAUCAAUUAGAAUUUACUAUAUAAUAUAUUGUAACCAAAAGGCAUAGUAAAAAAUAAAAUUCUUGCUAUAUAGGGUGGUUGGUAAUUAGUUACCGAUGCUUGAAUACGUGAUUCUACUUAUGAUCACAAAUAACUUUCGAAACUUUUUUUAUUCUCAUUGAGAGAAGGCGCAAAGGUUUCAGUUUCAGACAGCUGUUUUGCUAUUCUGAUUAAACUAAUGAGUAGAAAAAAAUUCUGUUGUGAAAUUUGGUUUCUCAUGAGUAGAGUCACGUGCUUAAAAAUAUCGGUCUCUAAUUAUAGUAAGUUCAACUCAGUUGUGCGCGCGGCCUUAUGUGUGGGUAACCCUUGUACAUAUACAGUAACUUUGUGUGCGUGACAAGAGGUACAGUCGGGUACAAUACAGUUAUUUAGGGGUUGUAUACGGGGCAGUCGUGGUGGCCUAGUGGGCAAAGAACCAACCUCUCGAGUAUGAGGGCGCGGGUUCGAUUCCAGGUCAGGCAAGUACCAAUGCAACUUUUCUAAGUUUGUAUGUACUUUCUAAGUAUAUCUUAGACACCAAUGACUGUGUUUCGGAUGGCACGUUAAACUGUAGGUCCCGGCUGUCAUUGAACAUCCUUGGCAGUCGUUACGGGUAGUCAGAAGCCAGUAAGUCUGACACCAGUCUAACCAAGGGGUAUCGGGUUGCCCGGGUAACUGGGUUGAGGAGGUCAGAUAGGCAGUCGCUUCUUGUAAAGCACUGGUACUCAGCUGAAUCCGGUUAGACUGGAAGCCGACCCCAACACAGUUUGGGAAAAAGGCUCGGAGGAUGAUACGGGGGUUUAAAGAAAAAGUUAUUACGUAAUUUAAUGUUUAUUUAUAUAAAAUGAUUAUAAAUCGCUAUUUGAAAAAUCAAAUGAUGAAUUUUCGGAUUCGCUACUCUCCAAGGAGAAUUAUAAAUUCUGACUCCAAUGUCAAAAUGUCUAUUGUAUUCUUCUUUUUUCUUUUGUACAUGUCGACAAGUAUUACGCCACAUCCCGUCAUCAAUUUGACUUAAACGUUCAUUUAUGAGUUUCAUUAUUUUGUUAUUUUGGUCGACAUUAUGCGAAGCAAUAUAACUUUUUAAAAUUCCCCACACAUUUUGUUUACAUUAUUAUACUAGAUUACACCUCUUUUUACAUUCUUAGUCCACACUUUUAUUUAUUGUCCACGUACCCCGAGCUAGAAAAUAUGUACUUAAGGAGUAUUCAAUUCUUAGAUACUGUCAAUGUCAAUUUGAAAAGACGUAUGAAAAAAUAAUGAAAAACUAUAUUUAAUAAUAAAAAGCUUUGAAUGUCGUUUUAUUUUUUGAAACGCUUUAUCUGACUCCUUAAUAAUUUCUCCGCGAAUAACUAGUAUUUUCGUAAACGACUGUACCCAUAAGAAAAAGUGAUAAGAACACGUCAUGCUCGGACGACGUCACUGUCACACGAAUGAAAGUUGUAUAUUUACAAGCCGACGCACACAUAGGGCCGCGCGCAAAUCUGAGUUGAACUAUCUAUACCAGUUACCCUGUAUAAAGAAAAUUAUUACACAACUUCGUCUACAUACAUUGCCUCCCAUCCUCAUCCUCCGAGCCUUUUUCCCAACUAUGUUGGGGUCGGCUUAUAGGGUUACGUCUAAUAUGGCAAAACACAAGCAUGUAUGAAAACGAAUUAAUUCAUUAAAAAAAUAAAAUGUAAUUAGACCUUAUAAAAAAUAAUUAUAAAUCGUCAAUUGUGUAGACAAUAUUUCCAAACAAACAAACGGUAUAAUCUUUAAGCAAUAUACAUUAAACCAAGCUUUGAAUCUUAUAUAUCACUUUUACCUUGUACUAUGUAAAGUAUAUAGCUGUUAUGUAGACUUAUAAAUGUAUAUAGGAAUGUAUAUAAUAUAAAAAAUAUGAUUUCAAUAAUAUAUUAAAGUGAAGUAUCAUAAUUCGUCCACACUAUUAAGUGUAUUUAUGGCAAAAAUAUGACUGUAAGGCUUCUAAUAUAAUAUGUAGGUUAUGCCACAUAAAGUAAACAAACAAAAUAUAAAAAUUAUAUUAUUUGGUAGAAAGUCGAGUUGUAAAAACAUAGUUUCAAAUGAAUUACAAAAAUAAAAAUUUUGCUUAGCAGGCUUUCCUUUAUAUAUAUAUUUGCUUUACAUAUAAAAUAAUACAUAAACAAAAAAUGCUUAGUACUAGAUUGGUAUAUAUUAAAUUAGGCCGUAGACAUAUGUAGACAUUGGCAAAUUAGAAUUAAAAAGAAAAAACUAUUUAUAUCAAAACUCCGGUAAAAAAAGCUAAAAUUAGGCUAAAACAAAAGGUGUGUUUUUGUUAACGUUUUUGGUAAAAAUAUAUAAAUUACUAUACGAUUACUGUAAGUGACUGUAAUGUACCUAUGGAAUUAAAUGUAGUAGUUUAGACGCCUGUGUUGUCAUUAUGAGUUUAAUAAUAAAACGUUUAUCAGAA